AUGGCUCCGGAGGUCCUCCUCGUGCUCUGGCUCUGGAUUGCAGCAGCGGCAGCUUUGAACGCUUCCGAGUGGGCCAAGCAAUCUAUCUACCAAGUUUUGACUGACCGCUUCGCGAGGACCGACGGCUCAACAAGCGCCUCUUGCCAACGAGCUGAAUACUGCGGGGGGACAUGGCGAGGAUUAAUAAACAACCUGGACUAUAUCCAGGGCAUGGGAUUUACAGCUAUCUGGAUCUCACCUAUCGUUGCUCAGAUUGACGCGGCUGGUAGUCCAGAUGGAGACAGCUAUCAUGGUUUCUGGGCAAAAGACUUCAACGCUUUGAAUAGUCGCUUUGGGAUAUCCAGUGACUUGAGGGAUCUAAGCAAUGCUUUACACGCUCGUGGAAUGUACCUCAUGGUCGAUAUCGUGACCAACCACAUGGCCUACGCUGGUUGCAUGACUUGCGUCAACUAUGGUACCCUCAGCCCCUUUAGCUCUCAGUCCGAUUAUCACUCUCCGUGUUCAAUCGACUACUCCAGCCAGACGUCCAUCGAGCAAUGCUGGCAAGGAAGUAAUAACGUGGCCCUGGCAGACUUGAGGACGGAGGACGCCCAUAUACGCUCAUACUUCAACCAGUGGAUUGCCAACUUGGUCUCCACUUACGGUAUUGACGGUCUUCGAAUCGACAGUGCGAAACAUCAGGAGACGUCCUUUUGGCCGGCAUUCGAGAAUAGCGCUGGGGUUUUUAUGAUAGGAGAGGUGUACGAGGGAGAUCCGAAUAAAUUCCUCCCGUACCUCAACGUCUUUCCCGGCCUGCUGAAUUACCCAGUUUGGUACUGGGUGCAACGAGCGUUCCAAAGCACUACCGCCACCAUGACUGAACUCGUCAACGGUCUGAACACCAUGAAGAGCGGAACCUCCCAGACGAAUUACCUAGGCUCCUUUCUGGAGAACCACGACCAGGGGCGUAUGCCAUCAUGGAGUUCACAAUCCAGCGACGUUGCGUUGAUAAAGAAUGCUCUUGCCUUUACGAUGCUAGCCGAUGGGAUUCCAGUCAUCUAUCAGGGGCAGGAACAGAAGCUUGCUGGUGGAAAUAUCCCCGACAACCGAGAGGCUCUUUGGCUCACGGGCUUCAAUAGGCAGAGCGACUUGUAUAAGUGGAUCUCCUCGUUAAAUAUUUUCCGCCGCACCGUCAUUGCGCAGGAUCAGAGAUACACGCAGCACCAAGCUAUUCCCUGGCAAAUAGACAGCCACACCCUCGGUCUGCGAAAAGGGUUCGACGGCUCUCAGGUCAUCAGCGUCAUUAACAACAUCGGCUCUUCGGGUGGUGCUUAUUCCGUCUCUUUGUCCUCCACCUCGACGGGAUUUACCCCCAAUCUGGAAAUUGUUGAUGUGGUGGCGUGUUCGCUUCAUACAACGAGCUCAGCUGGUGCGUUGAGCUUCACAAUGAGCUCCCUGCCUCGAAUUUUCUACCGCAGGGUCGCAUUGGCUGGGACUGGGAUUUGCCCAGCGCUAACUGGAGACGUAACGACGACUACCCCGACCGCUACGUCUGUCUCGUCUUCGUCCAGUGCUGGAUGCGCUAUCCCUACAUCCGUUGCUGUGACGUUUACCGUGAGAGUGACGACCCAAUUUGGCCAGACAAUCAAAAUCACGCUUGGCGACUGGGAUACCAAUAAGGCCGUCUCCUUAAGCGCAUCCCAGUACACGAGCAGCAAUCCGAUUUGGGUAGGAACGGUGAACAUUCCAGCCGGGGCUAGCAUUCAAUACAAGUUCAUCAACGUGGCGAGCGAUGGUGGUGUCUCCUGGGAGUCGGACCCAAAUCGGUCGUUUGCGGUUCCUGCGGCUUGUGGUGCGACGACAGCGGCAGUAGAGGGUAGUUGGCGAUAG